GAUUGUGGGAGAACACCGAACACGUGAAAUAAACCGGCAUAAAAAAAAAUGGCUCAAUAUAUUGCACACGAUAUAAAUAAGAAACAGAGGACAAGUGAUAUAAAAAUAGAAGAAGAUGUUACAUUUCUUCAAAUGAGACUUCCACGAGAUAUUCUGGAUGGGUUAAUGUCUGCAGGAUUUCAAAAACCAUCUCCUAUCCAGUUGAAAGCCAUUCCGUUAGGUCGUUAUGGAUUUGAUUUGAUAGUACGUGCAAAAUCAGGAACUGGAAAAACCAUAGUAUUUAGUGUAAUAGCUCUUGAAACUUUAGAUAUUUUGGUAGAAUCACCACAAGUUCUAAUUGUAGCACCUACAAGGGAAAUUGCAAUUCAGAUAACCCAUGUCAUUAAAACAAUAGGUUCAAAAAUAGAAGGAUUAAGAGUUGAAUAUUUUGUGGGAGGAAUGUCGAUAGAAGAAGAUAAAAGAAAGCUGAAGAAAUGUCACAUAGCUGUUGGUGCACCUGGCAGAAUAAAACAUUUAAUUGAGAAAGGAUUUCUUCAAGUUUCAAAAAUCACAUUAUUUGUUCUUGAUGAGGCAGACAAAUUAAUGGAAAUUAAUUUUCAAAAGGAUAUCAAUUAUAUGUUUUCUAAACUACCAUCUAAGAAGCAAAUUAUAGCUUCAAGUGCUACUUAUCCUGGAGAUUUAGAAACAUUUCUACAAACUUAUAUGUCUUCUCCAGUGUUAACAUCACCAAAUAUUGAUGGACCAGUUUUGAUUGGAAUCAAACAAUUUGUGGCUGUGGUUCCGACUCAUCCUAAUGCAAUGAAACAGGUACAAACAAAAAUUGAUGAGUUGGUAAAAAUUUUCACCAAGAUUCCAUUUAAGCAAACUCUAGUUUUUUCAAAUUAUCAAUCACGGGCUCAGUCAAUAAGCAAUAAAAUUAAUUCAUUAGGUUUUUCAUCUUCAUAUAUUGCUGGAAAUCAAGACAUGACUAAAAGAUUGGAAGCAAUUGAAAAUUUAAGAAAUUUAGAAUGUAGAAUUAUGUUGACCACGGAUCUAACUGCAAGGGGUAUAGAUAUAGAAAAUGUUAACAUGGUUAUAAAUUUGGAUAUACCUACGGAUCCGGCGACAUAUUUACAUAGAAUUGGUAGAGCUGGCCGUUAUGGAUCUUAUGGAAUUUCUAUUACAAUUGUUACCGAAAGUGAGCUUCCAUUGUUCAAACAAUUAUUAAUUUCGAUUAGUGGAGUGGAUUUUUACUUGUUCAAGCUUAAUUUUGAUUAUACGAAAGAUGUUUGGGCUGAUGAUACUUCAGUAUUUGAAAAAAUUUAUUUGGGAUCUGAGAGAAGUCUCACAAAAUUGCCAACCAUUGAUAAAACUGUUCUUGAAUCUGAAAAUGGUAUUCCUAUAACAAUACCUACAGAACAUGUAUUUUCUUCAAUAGUCGAUGAUGUAUCAGAAAAUAAUGUUGCAAAUAUUUCUACUAUGAAACAUGAAGAAUGUAACAAUGGCACAGCAAACAGUAACAUUUGGUCAGCAGAAUAUGACAAAUGUAAAAGUGUUUCACCAAAACACACGACGACCAAUAUGUUAUCGACCAAUAAUAAUGUUGAAAAUAUUAAAAAACAUGGAAAACAUAAAUUGUCAAAAAAGAAAUAUGAAGGAAUAAAAGUUAGUUCAUUAUUUCAACAUUACGUUCAAAACAAAGCUAAUUCUGCAGUUAAUACUUCUAAAGAAUGUAAAGAAGAAUCAACUGUAGAAUCUGUAGUUGAAAAUUCUGAAGAAAACAAUGUACCAAUUCUAAACUCAUCUAAAUCAAAAAAUAUAUAUCAAUUUACAAUAACAUCUAAUUCUGAUGCUUCUUCUGCUUUGGAAGAAUUAAAUAAAGAUGUCGUAUUUGAAGUAGCUCUAUCAGAUACGAAUAAUCGCAAAUUAUUUGAUACAGACAUUGAAAAUAUUAUUCAGUAUAUGAAGGAUUCUUUAAUUAACAAAGAAGAAAAUAAGGAAGAAAAUAAAAAAGAAGAAAAUGCAUCAGUGUCUAAUUACAAUAAAGAGGAUAAAAAUGAAAAAAUGUCUACACAAAUUUCUCAGAGUACUUUUUCUAUAAAAAAUCCAGAUUUUGUGCAUAGUUUACCUAUAAACGAAUUGGAUAAUAAUGAAAAUGAUUACAUACGAUCAAUAGUAAAUAAUUAUUUAUUAAUAUAUGCUACAAAAGUUGUCAAUAACGACAAUAACGUUUGUAAUGAUGAAGAAUCUUUGUUGAACAUAGCUUCCAAGUGGAAAGAGUUACUUGAAUUUGAAAUUAAUUUAUUAGAUAAUACAUAUAAAGGCAUGACUGAUUCUUUUUUUAAAUUAAUAUAUAAAGAACAUUUUUCAGCUCUCAAAACUUUUCUUAAUAUACAAAAACGAGCUUUCUUGUGUGUUUUUCCACAACUUCGUAAUGAUAAAGAGGUACAGGAUACUUAUAUAUAUUCAGCAUCUAAUGCAGAUAAUAAUUUGUUAGAUAUGUACGAAGAAAUAGAAGAUUUUAAGAGUCGUUUCUAUAUAUUAGGAACUAAAUUUAAUGCAUUUUUUCCUUAUCCUAUAAAUAUUGAUGAAGAUAUGCCAAAUUUAAUGAUAUCAAACUCUGAGAUUGAAGAAUAUCGCAAUGCAUUACAAUAUUUUAGAACUUAUCAAAAUCCCAAUGAAAAAAUAUUAGAAAUAAUAGAUUAUACAGCAUGUUUAAAUGAAACUGAAACAUGUGAUUUGAUUAAAAAAGUAAGAGAACAAAAUUUGUCAUUUUUGGAUAUGAAAGUGCUUCUUAAAGAAACAGUAGAAAGAAAUAAAAAACAUGAUAAAUUAACGGAAGAUUUAUUAUCUAAAAAUUCUUCGAAAAGUGAUAAAUUGACGGAGUAUUCACAAGCGUGUGAGGAGUUGCCACUUUUGGAAAAUCAAGAUGAUGAUACAUUGCAUAAGACUGUUGAAAUAGAUGCUCCAAUAAUGAAUACAAUAAAGGAAAAUGAUUUGAAGACAAAGAAAAUGCAAAAAGUUUGUUCCUAUCAAGUUACCAAUGACAUUGUCAAUGAAGAUAAACACAAUGCACAACAAAAUACAAGAUAUGACGUUUCCACUAAUGCAUUCUCCGAUCAAAGAUACAAGAAGGUAGAAAUUUUGCAAAUAAAUGAUGAAAAAGAUGAAGAAAUUCACCACAGUACUUCAAGCGAAAAUAUCUUAUUUAGUUCAUUUGAGAAAGAUGUUAUGUAUCCAAGUAUUGAUAAAGUUACUUUAAACAAUCGACAGAACGUAUUGCUCUCCGACAGUAGUAGUCAAAAAGAAUCUGAUGAGGAAACCGUUCAACAUAAUAAAGUUAAAAAUAUACAAACUGGAUAUAUACCUAUACAAACAAAUAACGUUGUUUACAAUAAUGUGGGUGUGUUUGGCAAAUAUAAUAAACAUGUAAAGUCUCAUAAAUUCGAAACAAAGAAUAGCACAGAUAUAAGUAAUUCGAUCGCCUCCACAAGAAAGGCGAAUUCAAGGAUACUAAAUUCACGUACAAAUAGAAAUGCUAAGAAGGUUCUUCAAUCUAUGUUGAAUCCAGUGCAAAGCUGCCAUACGCGAAUUCCAGAUACUAAUUUAUGCUACGAUUUAGGUACAGAAGAGGAAGCGUGCUUGUCAAAUCAAAUGUAUCACAAUUACUGGAAUGGACAUAUAUCUACACGUUCUUCCCAUGCAUAUUCACAUGCUCAGUCACGCUCCAAUCACGCUCUACCACGAUAUUUGAGACAGGAUAAUGAUAAUUAUACAAAUUUAAAAACUCACAAAUCAGGUGAUGAUUUAGUAAACAAUAUUUAUUCAUGUGAAACAGAUAUCGACCGAUUUCUAUCGUCGUUGAGAAUGCAAACUGAUCAGUUGCAUCUGGAGAUCUACAAAUCGCAAAUGUUGGAGAAUUAGACUAACAAUAGUCAAUAAGUGUGAUUAAUUUAUCAUGUAUAAUUAGAUUAAUAAGCGAGAUACUAAGUCUGAAUAAUUAUUCGAGGGACAUUCAAAUUGUACUGCGAGCGCAUUUUCGUCAAAUCCUUUCUCACGAUGUAUUUAUGAUCAAGCGGCGGCGAAGAAUGACAUGUGAAUCGAUAGCGAAAGGUCACGCAUCGCUGAUACUUAAUACGCAUCGACGAGACUUGAACUGUGUGCCGAGGGUAACCUUUUCCUACCGAUUCGACGCUACCUGCGGUUAUGCAAUUAGGUUGAUCUUUUGCGAUUGAGUCUUGUAUAGUCUCAUCGAUCGAAUAUUGUCGGUUGUCAGCAGUAAGGAUACUUUACUAUGUACAAUCACUCUUUUUUUAUAUAAAUUAACGUCUAU